AAAAGGAGGUUUAUCUCUCCCGGGCGGGGAAAGAAAUUCUUAUAAAAUCAGUGGUCCAAGCGAUCCCCAAUAAUGCUAUGUCGUGUCUGAUUUUCCCACAAAAAUUAUGCGAUAAAAUGACUGUGUGCGGCGCUUCUGGUGGGGCCAAAAUUCAGAAACUAGUGGAAUCCCUUGGAAAUGAUAGGAUGGUAUGACGACGUCUAAAGCUAUAGGAGGUAUGGGUUUUAGGGAUUUCCAUUGCUUUAAUCAGACCUUUAGCUAAGUAAUGUUGGCGAUUAAUACUUCAUUUUGGGUUCGGAUACUAAAAUCGAUUUAGUUUCCUAAUUCGGAUUUUAUGGAGGCUAGAAGGGGGGUGAGACCAUCAUGGAUAUGGAGCAACCUAUUAGUGGGAAGAGAGUUGUUGUCUAAAGGCCUAAGAUGGCAGGUGAGAAGUGGUGAUCAAAUUAAUUUUUGGAAGAAUAGAUGGAUCCCUACCCUACCUAGUUUUUCAAUUACUCCGCUCAAGCCCUUUAAUUGUAAUAUUGAGUAUGUUGAGGAUGUAAUUAAUCAAUCAUCAAAGGCUUGGGACAUGACUAUUCUUCAAAAGGUAUCCAGCACAAAGGAACAACAAGUAAUGAAGACUAUCCCCAUCUCGAAGAUGAAGGAGGAGGAUAAGAGGAUAUGACAAUUUAAUCCAAAGGGCCAAUACACAGUCAAGUCAGGCUAUAGGGAGGCAUGAAGAAGAAAGAUAACUAUAGUUAUUUAAGAAGCAGUUCCUCUUCACUACUUCAUCCUAAACUUUGGAACAUUAUCUGGAGCUUGAAGAUCACAACUAAGAUUAG